GGCACGAUGCGGUUAUGCUGUGACGCGGAGGUUUUAAUAACACCGAGUGGACUGUUUCAACUCGUUAGAUACAAUUUCCUUUUCGGAAAGAGCAAGGAAUAGAGUCCAGCAGCGACAACUUCAUCUGAACGUCUUAGACUGGGCCAGGGACGAAUCGAAGAAGAAAGAAGUCAGUUUUCAAACGGAGGCAGCAGCACGCAGAAUAUUAGACCAGGCGCUGGGUAACCACCCAAUAAAGCGCAACAAGGAUUCACCAGGUAUUUUGGAAGCUAAUAAGGACGCAGGAACGCUCAGCUGUAAAAUAUGAGGAUGAAGUGGGUAUUGGCUGCUCUGCAGCUUUUCCUGGUUCCAGCCCACCUGGUACCCAGUCAGGAUUACUGGGAGGAUUGGAGUGCGUAUGGAGAAUGUAGUCGAAGCUGCGGCAGUGGGGUUACCAUGAGGACCAGGAGAUGUGUUACCCACAGGACUGAUGGAGGGAGUAACUGUGUGGGGCCUGACAGAUCGUUCCGCGCCUGCAACAUCCAGGACUGUCCUGAGGGAUCCAGGGACUUCAGAGAGGAGCAGUGUUCCCAGUUUGAUGGAUCUGACUUCCAAGGGAAACGCUACAAGUGGCUCCCGUACUAUGGAGCUGAGAACCCAUGUGAACUAAAUUGUAUGCCCAGAGGAGAGAACUUCUUCUACCGCCACAGGAGCUCUGUGGUUGAUGGCACACCCUGCCACCCUGGGAGGAAAGACGUCUGUGUGGAUGGAGUCUGUAAGCGCCUGGGCUGUGACAACAUGUUGGAAUCCCCUCAGCAGGAGGACCCCUGUCUGGAGUGUGGGGGCAAUGGACAAUCCUGCUUCAUCGUUAGGAGCACCUUCAGCAUGAACAACUUGCCCAAAGGGUAUAAUCAGAUGUUCAUUAUCCCAGUGGGAGCCACCUCCAUCCGCAUCAAAGAGAGCAUCGCCACCCGAAACUACCUUGCCGUGAAGAACCUGCGGGGAGAGUACUACCUGAAUGGCCACUGGGUGAUAGACUUCUCCAGGGCCACUCCUGUGGCUGGCACCAUGCUGUACUACCAGCGGGGGGCUGAGGGGGAGAGAACUCCAGAGACCAUCAUUGGUCGUGGACCCACCACUGAGCCCCUGGUCAUAGAGCUGAUCAGCCAGGAGCCCAACCAGGGAGUGGACUAUGAGUACUACCUGCCUAACGGUCGCUCCAGAGAGGGCUACUACUGGAGUUUUGGCUCCUGGUCCUCUUGUAGCAAGGAGUGUGGAUCAGGGUACCAGUCUCGUCUGGUGUUUUGCACCAUUGACAACGAGGCAUACCCAGACUACCUGUGUGCCGCCCUGCCAAGACCCCACAAUAACCGUACCUGCAACCCUCAGACGUGCCCCCAGACCCGCAGGAUGGCGUUCCUGUAUCAGCCACAUGUGUGGAAGCCCUCUGAAAGCCCCAGAACAUAUGUGUACAGCUGGACGACAGGUGAAUGGAACGCGUGCUCCGUGUCGUGCGAUGGGGGCUCCCAGGUGCGCAGCGUGCAGUGUGUUUCCCAUGAAGCGUUGGGGCCCCGCGUGGUUGAGGAUGCAGUCUGUGCAGCGUACACCCCCGCCCCGCCCACUUUGCAGACAUGCAACAUGCAGAGGUGCGCCUCCUGGAGGGCCUCAGCCUGGAGCCCGUGUUCGGUGACAUGUGGGACCGGGGAACAGACCAGAGAGGUCAUGUGUGUGGGUGCUGGGUCGGCCAAGUUGGCAGACACCUCCUGUGUCGCCUCGCUCCGGCCACUGGCCAUCCAAACCUGCUCUAUGCCUGGGUGCUCACUGCCCGUCAGCUGGCAUGUUGGCGACUGGGGACUGUGUUCUAAGAGCUGUGAGUCGGGUCUGCGUGAGCGUCAGGUGUUUUGUUCUGACAUGGAGAGGAGCGUGUACCCAGUGGAACAUUGCAACUCUGUCUCCAAACCCCCCACGGUGGAGGCUUGCAACACCCAGCCCUGCUACAGAUCACAGGAGGUCCCCAGUAUGCAGGAUCCCAGAGGACAUGAGAACUCUCAGCAUGGCUACACUCGCUAUCUCCCCGAUCUCCCUUCAGUCCACAGACCGGAUGGGGUGGACUCCCAGACCAACACCGUGCACGACCCUUAUGGCCUGGGCCCGGACCAGCACUGCAGCCGGUCGUACCACGGGUGCUGCCCUGACGGGGUGACGGCAUCUCGGGGGCCAGGGGGUGUGGGCUGCCCGGCGGACCCUCGGCGCCCUGAGUCCUUCUGCGCCACCGCCAGGUAUGGGUGCUGCAGGGAUGGUGUGACUGCAUCCCUGGGUCCCAACAUGGAGGGCUGCCAGGGCUACGUGGCUCCGCGUCCUGCCCAGCCUUCCUGCAGACAGACCAGUUACGGUUGCUGCAGGGAUGGCGUGACUGCCUCUCUGGGGCCCAACAGGGAGGGCUGUCAGGAGUAUGGCUGUGUCAACACCAGGUAUGGCUGUUGCAACGAUGGUGUAACUGCAGCUCAGGGGCUCAACAGGGAGGGUUGUUUGGAAUAUGUCCCCCUGGCUCCUACGGCUGCUCCUGUCCUUCCAGCAGAGAACAGUGUAGAGUGUCGCCUGACCACCUAUGGCUGUUGCUUUGACCGUGUGUCUGCCGCCAUAGGUCCAAACGGAGAGGGUUGUCCGGCCCCGCCCCACAGCGUUCCCAGAACCACCUGCUCUCUGCCCAAGGCCGCAGGUUCCUGCAGUGUUUGGACGGGCCGCUACUUCUAUGACAUCGUCGCCUCCAAAUGCUCCCACUUCUGGUAUGGCGGCUGCCAUGGCAACGCUAAUAACUUCCUGACGCUGGCCGAGUGCCAGCGGACGUGCCCGGAUGCCCUGGUUAGCCAGACAAGUCACGUCCACCAGCCAGGUCACGACCUGAGUAGAGUUUUCACGGUGCCGCGCGGUGGCUCAGGGGGCGCCACCGGGGGGCGCCAGGGGACCAGUGCCGCCAGCCACGCCCACCGGGCCAGGGUCCACGUCCGCCCCCGCCGCCCCUCAUCCAACGCCCUGCAGAACACCCACCCUGCGUCGAGCCUGACCGAACCCGUGGGGGUAAAGAUUGACCACUCUGACCCGUCCGUCGUGGAGGCCCUGGUGGGUCAGACCGUGGUGUUGCCCUGCAGAGUCUCCCCACCUCCAUCCUCCACGGUCCUGGUGGAGUGGAGGAGGGAUGGCGUCCCUCUGACUACCUCCAGGCAUCAGCAGCAGCCCAAUGGUUCCCUGUUGGUGGGCCCUCUGACUACGGCAGACUCUGGUUGGUUGCUGUGCGUGGCAACACGCGACCGUGAGAGAGAUCACCGAUACAUUUACCUGGGUGUCUCAGGGAAUGUUCACCAGGGUGGAGUGGACAAAACCGGGACAGAACUUCCAUCAGGGACAGAACUGCCAUCUGUACCUCGGCGCCCGCCCUCAUCCAAGUUCAGUAUUGAGUGGUCAGGGUCAUCGUCGGUGGAGGGGAAGGCAGGACAGACGGUCAGACUCCCCUGCAGGAUCGUCCCUUCCUCCGCCCUCUCCUCCGUCUCCAUCCACUGGACCAGAGGAGGAAAGCCACUCUCCUCUCUCAGACAUAUGCAGCUUUCAGAUGGCACUCUAGUGAUUAAGCAGCUGACGUCAGCUGACUCAGGAGUCUACACCUGUUCUGGCUCCACCAAUCAACAGCGGGAGGAGAGACAGUUGAUGCUCAAAGUGCAAGGUGACCUCAGGAUCACCACAGCCCCUAACAACAUCCAGGUGUCUCAGGGCAGCACUGCCGUGCUUCCCUGUGUGGUUUCUGGGGACAACUUCAACGUGGGCUGGUCCAGGAAUGGUGUUCCAGUGCGUCCAGACAGCGGACAUGUCCAGCUGUCCUCAGAUGGUAGUCUGAUCCUGAACGACGUGCAGCCGGCCGACGAGGGUUCGUACACCUGUAAUGCCUACAGUGGAACCUACUCUGUCAGCGCCACCGCGGAAGUACGUGUCAGCAAGCCCUCACAGCAAGUGCUGAAUGCAGGCAUAGGAGUGCCAGCAGAAUGUGUGGACCAACCAGAGUUGGCCAACUGUGAGCUGAUAGUCUAUGCCCGGCUGUGUAGCAGUCAGUACUACUCCAGUUUCUGCUGUGCCAGUUGUGCCAGGCAUGCCCAGGAAGAGGGCCGUUACACCCAGGCAGGGUGAGGCUGAACACAGUCAUGGGCCAGAGGGGCCUGCGGGCGGGCCGUGAGGUCCAGGGGGGUGGGGGCGCAAUAGCUGCUUUCUCCACCAGCGGGGCCAGACUGUGGGCAGGUAAAGACUCAGGUUAGGGCCUCCAUCCCUGGAUGUUCAGAACCACCCUUUCCCAGACCCAAAGUUUAAAACCCAGUUUCCCAGACUCAGAUUAAGCCCAGUGCUGUGUAAUGUUCGAAGUGCUUGUAGCUAAAUAUCUAAAGGACUGGCCUUAAUUAGUCUGGGAAACUGGGUUUUAAACUGUCAAACUGAAUUACAUACAGAAGCCAGUCUUCUGUAUCUAUGGUGAGACUCCGUCCUGAAAGGGACUGUCAUCAUGUUAAAAUGUAUCACGGCAAAAAUCAGAAAGGGACGUGUAGUUGAAUCUGUCCUGAUAGAGGUUUAUGAUCUAGAAAGAACAUGUUUUUGUUCAGGGAAUCAAAUAUGCUGUAAAAUCUUUGCUUCUGCUCGUAUAUGUAUAUACUCAAGUUUAAGAACCACCUCUGUCAUUAGGAUAUUUUCACGUAAUUCCAGUAGGAAAUUCACAGAUUUUCCAGAAACCCAGUGAGGAAGAUUCUGGGUUUCCUGCACAUUCUAUUCUGAUUUCAGAAAUCUUACAACCGGGUUUGAUAGUUUCUUGGCUAGGAGGGACUAUUUGGUCUGAGGACUGUAUAUCACUUAUUUCCUGUGUUGCCCCCAUUUACCUUUCACAGAGUAACACACAGAUACAUCUGGUAAGUCGGGAAUCUUUCUUGACUUGGAGUCUGUGAGCUAAAUGAGUAAUUUAUUUAAUCUAUUCAGGAUUAGCAAAUUGACCUCAACAUUCUACACACAUUGGUUUUAGUUGUGUUUCUGUGUUUUCUUGUAUUUUAAACGUGUGCGACUGUUCCAGUCUAUACACGUUUCAGUGUUUCUGAAUGCCAGGAAGAUCAUCUGGGGAUCCACACAAACAUCUCCUGUUUCCAACCUGUUUACAAUAUUUUUACAGUACUGUUUUUACUGUAAUCUUAAACUAUGUUACUGCUCUUCCUUACAACAACUCUGUUGAAACUACACAAUUCUUUCUGAUCUUUUAUUCUACUGUUUGUAAUUAUUCUGAUAAAUAAUAAAAUAUAUUUUGAUUAAUAAAAUAUAUUUUGAUUCA